GCGGUGGCGGCGGCGGCGGCCGAGGCGGCCCCCCAGCUCCGCGCCGCUCCGCUCCGCUCCGCGCCCUCCGCCGCGCCCAUGGCCACCAAGAUCGACAAGGAGGCCUGCCGGGAGGCGUACAACCUCGUCAGGGACGACGCCACCGCCGUCAACUGGGUGACAUUUAAAUACGAUGGCUCCACAAUCGUCCCCGGAGACCAAGGGGUAGACUACGAAACCUUCACGAGGAAGUGCACAGAUGAUGUUCGAUUGUUUGGUUUUGUCCGAUUUACCACCGGUGAUGCCAUGAGCAAGCGAGUCAAGUUUGCCCUCAUCACUUGGAUUGGAGAGAGUGUCAGUGGCCUGCAGAGAGCCAAAACUGGGACUGACAAGACACUGGUCAAGGAAGUAGUACAGAACUUUGCCAAAGAAUUUGUGAUCAGUGACCACAAAGAGCUGGAUGAGGACUACAUCAAGAACGAGCUGAAGAAAGCAGGGGGGGCUAACUAUGACGCACAGACUGAGUAAACGCACUAACCUCCUGGCACCAUCACCUGGAUCUCAAAGGGAGGGGAAAGGCACAACCAACUAACCCAGCUGAGAGAAGAGGCAACUGAAAGACUACUCACCUUUCUGUGCGUGCACCUAAGAGCUCCCUUUCUUUGCAUUCAGCAGACUUUUAUUUUCCAUUCCAUCUAACGAAGCAUCCCUCUGUGGGAUGUUUCUUCCCCCCAUUUUGUACUCAUAACUCUGUCCACGCUCUUGCAUCUGUGGAAUUUAGGUUUGGCUCUGCUUUGGUCUGUAUUCAGCAUUGUGUUCGUAGAGGCUUGCCACUGUGUCCUUCUUCGUGUGUGUGCAUGUGUGUCUGUUUUAGUUGGGCUCAACCUGGUCUCUGAGGGGAUGAAGAUUCUUGGAGAGUUGUGCAUCUGGAGUAUUUUAAAUGUUUUUAAUUUGUUCUCAUUGAUAUUCUUGGGAAUAAUAUUUUUCGAUCUUCUAGGCUCAGAUCAGCAUGAGUUGACUUCACUGAAACUUUGAUUCAACUGCCUAAGCUUAAUGCCCAGCUGAGAUAAUCUUACUUAACAGCUUAAAAAACAAAGCAAACAAACAAAAAAACUCAACUCUUAAUAAAUGGGAAAAAAUUGCCUUAAAAAUUGCUUGACAGUUGCUAUGCUGUGUGCUGCGUCUCCACCCCUCCCUCUUAAAAAUUAGAUCCAACAUGAUUUGAAUGUGGGGUUUUUGUUGUUUUUCGAAGUUAUUAUGGCACAGUAAAUGGGGGGGAUUAGAAACGUCUGGACACUUGUUCACUAUUUUCUGUACAUUGGUCUCUGGGUUUGUAUUUGACUUUCCUAAUGCUGGGGCUCAGGAGGAGAAAUUGAAAUGCAUAGAUUUCCUUUUUAAAUGUCUGCAAAAAUAGCAGCCGCUGAAUCCUAGCAGCCUUCUCUGCCCCCCUUUUUUUCGCAGUUGAACACGUCUUCAGUCAUUUGGGGCCUUUGGGCGUUGAACCAUCCAUCCUGCAGCUGUGGCCUGAGGGAUGCAGCUCUGUCCCAGGCAGGGUAGAGCAUUCAACACAGUUUGUUGGUAGCAAACUGCCUGUUUGGGGGGUUCUUUGUAUGGCUUUUCCUUCCAUCAAAGGUAAUUGUCCCCAGAGUUAGGUGUAGGGAAAAACUGUGUUGUACUGGGGCAUGGGAGUCAGCGCUAUAAACCCAUUAAAGAAAUAAAUGUUUUUCAAGAACAA